AUGCCCCUACCUCGGGUCAUCGUCCACCCGUCGCCUCGCCGGCGCCGCCCGAACCGCUCCACCGUCGCCAACGCAGCCUCGGCGCCCCCUCUCCCCAUCAACGCUGGUGAGGCCCCGGGCCUCUGCCCUUCUCUGCACGCGGCCGCCUACUCCCCCUCCCGCGCGCCCACUGCCGCCCGGCCGCACCACCAACCCCGCCGUCGUGCGCCGCUGGUCCGUCCGCGCCGUCCCGCUCCCCGUGCCCUCACGCCGGCGCUCGUCCGCGGCACUGCUCCGCCCGCGCCACGCAGCGCCCUGCUGCCGUUCGCGCGCGCCCCGCGACCUCCCGUGCCCUCACGCCGGCGCUCGUCCGCGGCACUGCUCCGCCCGCGCCACGCAGCGCCCUGUUGCCGUUCGCGCGCGCCCCGCGACCUCCCGUGGCCGCGCCCGUCGCGCCCGCGACCUCCCGUGGCCGCGCACGGAGUUCUGCUCCCCUGCGCCUACUCCACUUCCUCCGCCGCCCUGCGCCACUCCGGCCGGCCGUGCCUCGCCGGCGCCGGACGCAACCCCCACCCCGUGGCUGGCCUGGGCCAGUGCCCAGUCGGGCUAGCGCCCGCGCGCCCGUGCCUGCUGUGGCCAGGGCCACUUACCACUGGGCCAGUGCCCCCUGGCCCUAUGACAUAUGGGGCCCACCCCUAG